UGCCUUACACAUAGCUCUCCGGGGGUCUGCUCCACCAUUGUGAUCUCAGAACUGUGUUCAACUUAUUGUCUUCAGGAUUCCAUCGGACCUCCCUGAUCUCAGAACUGUGUUUAACUUCAUUGUGCUCAGGAUUCUACUGGACCUCCCUGAUCAGAGAACUGUGUCCUCAGGAUUCUAAUCUACCUAGCUGACCUCCGAACUGUUCCACUGAUCAUCAGUGUUCUCAGGACUCUCUGUGACUCUGACUCUGGGAGCUGUGUGCUCCUUUGACUCCUGAGAUCUUCUGCCCUUACUGACCUGGGCCCGGUGCUGGGUGUGAGAUGGUGGAGGGCACCCUGGAGAUCGUGGCCAUGUGCCUGGGCUUGGUGGGUCUGAUCGGGGCCUCUGCCACCACAGGGAUGCCCAUGUGGAAGGUGACGGCGUUCAUCGAGGAGAACAUCAUCGUCAUGGAGACGCGCUGGGAGGGCCUGUGGAUGAACUGCUACAGGCAGGCCAACAUCCGCAUGCAGUGCAAGGUGUACGACUCGCUGCUGUUCCUGCCCCCAGACCUGCAGGCUGCCCGCGGACUCAUGUGCUGCUCUCUGGCGCUGGCGGGCGUGGGGCUGCUCAUCGCCAUGACGGGGAUGCGCUGUGUGAACUGCCUGCAGGAGAACCAGCGCGCACGCAGCCUCGUGCUGAUCUCCUCCGGCUGCCUGCUCCUCCUCUCCUCGCUCUGCGUCUUCAUCCCCGUCUCCUGGACGGGUCACGUGAUCAUCCGCGACUUCUACAACCCGCUCCUCUUGGACGCGCAGCGGCGGGAGCUGGGCGAGGCGCUCUACAUCGGCUGGGUGACCGCCGGCUUCCUGUUGGCCUCGGGCCUGAUCCUGGUCUGCCGCCACGUCCCCCGAGACUCGGGAUCCUUCGACGUCUUCCAGCAGCAGAACCCGGCUCUGAUCGGCUACCUCUCACCGCCCCACAAGCCCACUCUGAUUGGCUACCAGCCCGUGCUCGGGGCGCCCAGCUUCCUCGGGAACCGGCCCUCCCCGUACGACGGCACCAGUUUGGGUCUGACCCACUCCACCCCGCCCCGCGGGAGCUUCAGAGAGCCUGUUUCGCUCCACACCAGCUACACCCAGAGCCAGCCCCGCUUUUCAGGCCGCCAGCCUUCGACCCUCACCUCCACCUCCGGCUUUGUGGGGAACAUCUCCACCCCCGGGAACUCCUUAUACCACCACCAGCCCACCGCCCUGUUCCCCCCCAGCAGCGGAGCCCAGCAGACUGCCUCGUAUAUCUCACACUACCCCCGGUUCCAGCCGGCGCACCAGGGCCCCGUGUUCAUCGGCUACCACUCCUCCAUGGUGGCUCCACACACACCCAGUGUCAGCAGCAUCGGGGAAUACGUCUGAGCCACAACAACAGACUGAACAACCACCACCUUCA